GGGCACUGGGCCAUCAGGCAUUGGUUCGUCUGGCUCGACAGCGGGCAUCGGGUCACCAGGCAUGACAGCGGGCACUGGGUCAUCAGGCAUUGGAUCGUCUGGCUCGACAGCGGGCAUCGGGUCACCAGGUAUGACAGCGGGCACUGGGUCAUCAGGCGUGAUAGGAUCAUCAGGCUGGAUCAGUUCAUCAGGCUGGGUAUAACAGACAUCAGGCUGGGUAGAGACAUCAGGCUGAAGUGCGGGUGCCGAGGCACCAGGCUGAACCACGGAAGGCAGGUUCACCGGUUUGGAUACUGGCAGGAUGGUACUGGUUGGAAAGAAGUUUCGCUUUUUUCUGGUUUUAAACUACUGG